CACGAAGCUGAGUCACCCAGUCAGGGACUGCGUGUCCCUAUCUGGUCCUGUGUAAUCACCGAUGUAACCAGGCGCAGAUAGCUGCACAAUGGGGCUGUGUGCCACGCGUGUGGGAGCCGUUCGCUCACCCAGGGUGGAGGCCGGGGUCACGAGGCCGAGGCAGCCAGAUCUCGCCCGGGUGGCUUGCAGCUCAGCAGCCGAUUAGGCGGGCGAGAGGGGGUGGGGCCGGGGCUGCGCGGAUCCGGGGACACUGCGGGCCGGCCGGGGUCUCGGUGGAGAUCCUCGGGUGGCCUCGCCGAGGACUCAGCCCCGAAAGACCAAGGCCGUGUGCACCUGAGGCGAACCCAGACUGGGGUGAGGGUCCAAGCCGGAAGUGAAGAGGAGCUAACCGAGGAAGGGACUGCCACCAUGGGACAGUGCCACUACAACGAGACCAUUGGCUUCUUCUAUAACAACAGCGGCAAGGAGCUCAGCUCCCACUGGCGCCCCAAGGAUGUGGUCGUGGUGGCCCUGGGGCUGACUGUCAGCGUGCUUGUCCUUCUGACUAACCUGCUGGUCAUCACAGCCAUUGCCUCCAACCGCCGCUUCCACCAGCCCAUCUACUACCUGCUGGGCAACCUGGCCGCAGCGGACCUCUUCGCCGGCGUGGCCUACCUCUUCCUCAUGUUCCACACCGGCCCGCGCACGGCCCGGCUGUCCCUGCGGGGCUGGUUCCUGCGGCAGGGUCUGCUAGACACCAGCCUGACAGCAUCCGUGGCCACCCUGCUGGCCAUUGCAGUUGAGCGGCACCGAAGUGUGAUGGCCGUGCAGCUACACAGCCGCCUGCCCCACGGUCGGGUGGUCUUGCUCAUCACCGGUGUGUGGGCAGCUGCCCUGGGGCUGGGGCUGCUGCCUGCCCACUCCUGGCACUGCCUGUGCUCCCUGGACCGCUGCUCACGCAUGGCGCCCCUGCUCAGCCGCUCCUAUCUGGCCGUGUGGGCCCUGUCCAGCCUGCUGGUCUUCCUACUCAUGGUUGCUGUCUAUACCCGCAUCUUCUUCUAUGUGCGGAGACGAGUGCAGCGCAUGGCUGAGCAUGUCAGCUGCCACCCCCGCUACCGGGAGACCACUCUUAGCCUGGUCAAGACCGUGGUCAUCAUCUUGGGGGCCUUCGUGGUCUGCUGGACACCAGGCCAGGUGGUGCUGCUCCUGGACGGCCUGGACUGCAAGUCCUGCAACGUCCUGGCCGUGGAGAAGUACUUCUUGCUGUUGGCUGAAUCCAACUCACUGGUCAACGCUGCCGUGUACUCCUGUCGGGACGCCGAGAUGCGCCGCACCUUCCGCCGCCUGCUCUGCUGCCUGUGCCUGCGCCGCUCGGCCCGGGAGGCCGCCCGGGCCCGGGCCUCCAUCCGCACCGGGGCCAGCACACGCCUGGAGCUUCCCGAGAAUGGCCAUGCCCUCAUGGACUCCACCCUGUAGCCUUGGCCACUCCGAGGUGGAGGGCACCCUGCUCGGCCCAGUCCCAUGACAUAGGCAAUUGGCAGCACCUGGGAGAGUCAGGCAGGGGUGGGCAUUUGGCUAUUUCUCUUUUUUUUUUUUGGCCUUUUUCCUUUUUAUCGGUACCGGGGAUUGAACUCACGACCGCCUGCUUGCAAGGCAGGCACUUAUGCCGCUGAGCUAAAUCUCCAGCCCCACAUUUGGCUAUUUCUUGCUCAUCUCAGGUUUCAGGCUCUUUUCAAGGAUGUUCGGUUUUUUACAGUACAUCCUGGUAACCACUGUGGACCAGGUCCUCAUGUGGUACAGUGGCUGCUAGAGGUAUAAGAUGUGAGCGCCAGCCAGGCACGGUGGUGCACAUCUGUCAUUCAGGCUCUCAAGAGGUGGAGGGAAGGGGAUCAAAGUGAUUUCAAGGCCAGCCUGGGCUACAAAGGGAGACCUUGCCACAAAAAACAGGAAAGAGAGAGAAGGAGACAGAUGCGGGCUCUUUCGGUCCAUCUGCCCUCUGUGACAGAAGACAGGGCGGCCCAUGGGAGCACUGUGUCCUGAGACUGACACCCCUGCUGAUACAUUCAGGGGUGCUGAAUCUGAGCUGCAGGGGGGCAGGGGGACUGGGCGCUCCUCUUUUCAGCCUGCAGGGUGGCCUGGGAUCCCCUGGGAAGAUGUGAUACUGGAAGAAAAUGUUUCCACUCUGAGUCUCCAAAGCAUGCGUUUGUCACCAGCUCAGACUCCUCUGCCCACAGUGUCCUGGAUUUGUCACCUGCAGCAGGGCCUGUUGUUGGUCCUCCCCCGGGUACGGCUGGCUGUCACUGCCACGACAUCUCUUUCCUCCCUUCCCUCCUUUGGAACCUGGAGUGAACCCCAGUCUCACUCCCUCUGGCUCCUGUGCGUCAUUUUUUGCAUGUGCUCAUUGUAUCUGUUUGGUUCUUUGA